AUGGAGAUCGUGCCCCCCGAGGUCAUCGACCUAGACAGUCCACCCGUCCUCACGAGGGAGGACCGGGUGGGGACACCGCCACCAACAUCGGUCGGUUUCCAGGACGCCCCACCCACACCAGGCAAAGCCAUCGGCGUUAUGACCCACGUGCCAAAGGACACCGCAGCCAGGAUCCAAAAACGGGCGGCAGCCUCCACGGCCCCAGGGUCAGUAGCAGCCGAGACUGCAGCCCCCCUCGCUCCGGCGGGCGGGAACGCACCCCCGGAGGGUGGUGCUGCAGGACCUGUGCCGAUGCCGGACGUGGAAGCCGUCCCAGCCACACCAACACCCGAGCCCGCGGAGCUAACCACCCCGACCGAACGACGUGCCUCAGCAGACACUACUGUGGCGGAGCCCAGCCGGGAGGUCAUCCGGCCCCGCGCCAGCGAAUAUUGGGCCGGCAUCAAGCCGUACCUGCGGAGGAUGUGGAAGCUGGACGCGAGGGCGCCAGGGUUUGUGAAGGCCCUCCAAGCAACCCUGCUACAACCCCACCAGUACCCGAUAGGCACCAGGGUCAUCAUCCCCCAGAUCCCCAGACCCGAGGCGACUCCUCGCCGCCCUCACCACAGCAGGAAGAGGAAGUCUUCCUCGUCGUCCACUACCUCAUCGUCGAGCUCCAGCGAGUCCUCAUCAGACACGUCGAGCAGCUCCAGCUCGAGCUCCACCGUGGAGGAGAAACGACGGUCAAGACGAGCCCGUAAAAGGAGUCAGAGGAGGAGAGGAUCCGGGCGUAUCGGGGCCAAGGAGGCUCGGCAGGGCCCAACCAAGGCCAUUCCACCAGCGCCCCAGGCCAGGGAAGACGUGGACGAAGUCCUGGUGCUUCACCCCUCGGAUGCGGACACCAUCGGGAGCGGCAGCGCUCCACCCAAGGACGUCGUGGCCCCUUCAAGGGUCGUGGCAGCACCAGAGGCCGUCGUGCCCGCCACCCCAACUCCGGCGAGAGCUCCAUCGGCCGCCAGGAG